UUCAUCGACGCAAAAUUCCCGGAGAAUCUAAUUACCAAACAUUUAUUGUGAAAAUUAAAAUGUUUACACUUCUCUAAAUGUUUAAUGCAUGUGAAUUUUUUCGUUAAUUGAUUUUUAUCUUUUUCACAUAAAUUAAAAACAUAUUCAUCGUCUCAACUCCUCCAUGCGGGCAACGCUGUAAUUCGUCACUUUUGUUUUUAUUUAGUUUCUUCAACACAGUGGCAUGUUUAUUGGAAAUCUUCUUUACCAUGAGACACUUGUGAUUUAAUUUUUAUUAUAUAAAAUCUAUAACUAUGAAAAUAUCGACUAUUUUGCUGAAACGACUAAACAAACUAGAAGAUGUUUCAAAGUUGGCAUUGUCGUUUAGUGGUUCGGGAUUUCUUGGAGCUUACAAUUUCGGAGCAGCAAAACGUCUGAUGCAAGAAAAAAAAACUAUUGGAGAGAAAGUUGAUCGAUUUGCUGGUGCAUCUGCAGGAAGUUUAGUUGCUGCAAUUCUUGCUUUGGCUCCUGAAAAACUUGAUGCUGCAAUCGACACACUGUAUUCAAUGGCAGAUCACGUUCAUGCUCAAAGAUUUGGUGCCAUGACUCCUGGAUAUUACUUGAAUGAACAACUAGUUACAAUCAUAGACGACUUUCUUCCGACUGAUAUUGCAAAUGCUCAGGGAAGAUUGCAUAUUUCCAUAACCAAAUUGAAAAAAUGGGAAAAUAUAAUGAUCAACAAAUUUGACAGUCGUGAUCAUUUGAUAUCAUGCCUUCUUGCCAGUUGCUACAUUCCAAUGUAUUCAAUGGGAUAUAAAGGGGUUCCACCAAUUAUUAAUCAAGAGGAAUGCAUCGAUGGUGGAAUGACCAACAAUUUGCCCACAUUUCCAGACGUUUUGACGAUAACAUGCUCUCCGUUUUCCAGUCAAGCCGAUAUUUGUCCGGAUGAUCCUUCAACCUGGAACAUUGAAUUCGGUAAACAAAUAUUCAAGGCGAGUAGACGAAAUUUGUAUCGUGGAGCUCGAGCAUUGUUCCCACCAAAUAGGUUUAUUUUGAAACAAUAUUACGAGAUGGGUAUUAGUGAUGCAGAUAUAUUCAUCAAGAAAAAUUUAUAACUAUUAUAAAUGUUGUUUUAAUUUUUAAAUAAAAAAUUAAUAUUAGAA